AUGGCAAAUUUCGUCUUUCGAGUUGAGGCCCACGUGACGGGGAUGCACGUGGCAGCAUAUUUCGGGCUGUCAGGCCUCGUUCUAAAAGCCAUCCGCCAUGGGCGCCGUGUCGACAAAGAUGCACUUACCCGGAGCCGAGAGUCCGUCGUUCACUGGGCGGUGCGCUGGCGCCAACACGAAUUCCUCGAGAUCCUUCUCUUUAAUCUCAAAGCCGACGCUGGUGCACAGGACUCUGAGAGUCGGACGCCGCUACAUAUCGCCGUUGCGAACGAGGAUCUCCGGUCGGUGGAGGUGCUACUGAAAUGUGGACCCAUUCAGAGACCAGAAAUCGAGGUUUCAGACGACGGGGGCUGGACAGUGUUGCGUCGCGCUGCAGCUCACGGGUCAAGAGCCAUGGUUGAGAAGCUCGUUGCCGAGGGAGCACGGGUCAACGGAGCCGACGCCAACGGGUGGACGGCGCUGAGAUGGGCAGCAGAUCGAGACCACGUUCGAAUCUGCGAGAUGCUGAUCCAGAACAAGGCCUCCAUGGACCUUGAACUACCAAGUUCAGAGCGGUGGUCGCUGUUGCAUUGGGCAGCAACGAAUGGUUGCGAGAAAUUGGUCCGCCCGUUGAUAGAUAGGCGUGCGAACCUCAGCCUCCCAGAUGAAAGAUCGGGCUGGGCGCCGUUACGCUGUGCCGUCGAGCACGGCUGUACCAUAACAGCCUGGCACCUGCUUGAAGCAUCAGCGCCUGCUCAACAGCAAGACAAAAAGGGCAGGACGCCGCUUCAUGCGGCGGCUGAGAAAGGUUACCUGAUGCGAAUUGGGCGUGGGAGUUGGUUUAGUGCUGGCAAUGUACUGGGUGUACCAUCCGUUUUUGCAGGUGCGAAUAUCCGUUCUCAUUAA